AGAUCUGGGCGGGGUGGAGGGGGUGCAGCAUCAGGCAGGAAAAGUACAAAGCAAGGUGGAGAGCUGUGGGGCCAGGCAUCCCCAAGUUCAAGUUCCCCCAACCACGCACAGCCUUCGGAGCCUGUGUCCUCAGCUGUAAUGUGGUUGAAAUCAGAGCUGCUUCUCAGGAAAUAAUCGUUCUCAGGGACACUGAAUAAGGUGUGGGGUAGGGUGGGUGCCACUGGGCAGUCCCUUGAAGGUUCAGGGUGAAUAACUGAACCAGCUUGGGAAGCUCAGAUGUUCACAGGUACUACUGGUCAUAUUUAAAAAUAAGAACAAGCUUGGUGCGUUUGCUCUGGGAAAAAUGCCUGUCUGUGUCAUUAGGUUGCCUGGACUUUGCAGACCACUGACAGCCAGGAAGCAUGUGCUAGUUUUUAACAUAAAAUGCCAAUAUUCAGGCAUGUGGCACAGUGGGUAGUAGUCAGACCCCAGUGCUAACAGGUCUGAGUGAUGGGAGGGGGAAGUCACUAGAAUCUUCCUGGGCCUCUGUUGUACUCCUCAUCAGUAGAAUGGGAAUGGUAACAGUACCUGCCCCAUGGGGUUGCUAAGUGAGUGUCAAGAUAGGGUAAGAGUUUAUGGUUAGGAUUAGUGUUAGUGUUAGAUCUAGGGUACAAGUACAGUUAGGGUUAAAUCUAGGAUUAGGGUUAGCAAUAGGUUAAAACUGGGAUUAGGGUUAGGUUUUGGAUUAGGAUUAGAUCUAAUGUUAGGGUUAGGAUUAUGUUUAGGGUUAUGGUUAGAUCUAGAGUUAGGUUUAGGGUGAGGGUUAUAGUUAGGGUUAGUGUGGGGGUCUGGUUUAGAUCUAGUGUUAUGGUUAGGGUUAUAUGUAGGGUAAGAGGUAAGUUCAGGGUUAGAGUUAGGGUCAUGGUUAGGUUUAGGGUUAAAUCUAGAGUUAGGGCUAGGGGUGGGGUUAGGAUUAGUGUUGGGGAUAUGUUUAGUGGUUUGUUAGGGAAAAGGUUAGGGUUAGAUGUUGGGUUAGGAUAAGGGUUAUUGUUAGAUUUAUGUUUAAGGUUAGGGUUAGGGUUAGAGUUUGCAUUAAUGGUAGGUCUAUAUCUAGGCUUAAGGUUAGGGUUAGUGUAGGAUCUAGUGUUCGGAAUAGGAUCAGGGUUAGGACUAGGUUCAGGGUUAGGGUUAGAUCUAGGUCAAGGUUUAGUGUUAGGAUAGGGUUAUAGUUAUAAUCAGGGUUAGGGUUUUGGUUAAAUGCAUCAACUCCACAAAAUGCUUAAAAUAGUCACCUGCUCAAAACACAUGAGUUUUGCCACUCAUCAGGUAUCAGCCAGGUGCCAGGCUCUGUGCUGGGUGCUGUGCACAGACCCAAGAGUGGACAGAGGUUCCCUUGCCUUCCAAGUCACUCAGGUACCCCUUGCCCAGAUCUACUUAUAUUAUGUACCAUCCUCCUCCCCCACCCUCGCCCAGAUUCUUAGUCUAGGAAGGGUGAGAUUUUUUGUCCACCCUGUCAUGGCCAUGUCCUGGUACCAGGAAUGCUGUCUGGCACAUGGCAGGUGCUUGGUAAAUAUUGGUUGAAAGAAGCUGAUAUGCUGGGGUGGGAGACAGACCUCAAACAAGAAAUCUCGGGUAGUUGGAAAUGCCUUGAGUAAGACAGCGUCAUGUGAGAGGCCUGUGUUGCCCAAGAUGGUCACCAGAGGAAGCCCCAGGAGGAGGUGACACCUGGACUGAGACUCCAACUGUAUGAAGGUGUCCUCCCAGGAAUGGGGAGCAGCAUUCCUGGCAUUGGGAGCAGCAGGUGUGUUCCGGGAACAUGAGGGAGAUGUGUGUGCCCAAAGCAGCUAGAAUGCCUGUUGAUGGGAAAGACCAUAUCUCUCAGGCCAGGAUGAGGUCUUCAGGCUUUAUUCUGAGGGGAGGGCCACUGGUGGGUUUUGAUUAAGGGCCUGACUCAGUCUGACCCACAUUUUUAAGCACUCACUCUGCUGCAGUGUAGACUGUGGGGCUGAGGUAGGGGGCUGUAGUGUAGACUGUAGGGCUGAGGUGGGGGGCUGCAGUGUAGACUGUAGGGCUGGGGUGGAGGAGGAGGGGAGAACAGCAGCUUUAGGGGAUGCAGGGGUUGAGGGUAUCUGGAGGAAGAAAGGAAGGAGGUCUGGAGGGAAGGAGGGAAAAGAGACACACCUUCAGUCUUGGGUCAGCCCACCAGCUGGAAGGGUAAGACCCACAGCCCCAAGGCUGCCACCCUCCUCCAGCCCUGGAACCUAGCUCCACUUCACUCCCAACCACCACCCCUGUCUUCUGGCCAUGGGCCCAGCUGGAACCUCUCCCUCAGAGCUGGAGCCAGGGCUACCCCUGGGGGAGGGGCGUUUGCUGGUUGCCAGGCACCCAGGUUCCGGCCCCAGACACUUGCCUCGGCCAUGCUGCACGCACUGUCCUUACUGCCCUUACUGCUCCUGCUGGCGAUGCCCACCUCUGCCCUCGCCUGGUCACGUCCCCUCUGGUACCAGGUGGGGCUGGACUUGCAGCCUUGGGGGUGCCAGCCGAACGGCCUGGAAGGGUGCGGGGGUGGCCUGGGGUGUCCUGGCCAUUGGAUGGGCCUAGGCAUGUCGGAUCAUAUCUACCCUGUGGCUGGCAUCACCGUCACUACCACCAUGAUGCUGGUUAUUAGCCGAGUGAUGCUGCAAAGGCGGCGUUCACUGACCACCAAGGGUGAGCAUACACAGAUGACCACUGACCCCUGUGGACCGUGGAAGCGGCGGGCCCCGAUCUCAGACCGUGCCCUACUCCUGGGGGUUCUGCAUAUGAUGGAUGCCCUCCUGGUUCAUAUAGAGGGCCACCUGCAGCGUCUAGCCACCCAACCGCAUAGCCAAAUAAAAGGGACUCCCUCCCAGAGUGGGUGA